AAAAAACUGAAAUACACUUCUGCCAACUAUUACUAUUAGUUCAGUGAGUUAGUUCUGGUGUGGAUAAACAAGAGUGACUCGUGAAUCUUCCAGAAAUGCUUGUCAGCUCCAACGAAUCACUGCUAAAAUUCUGGAUACGAAGGAUAAGUUCUCCUCGAAGAAUGUAGCCUCAGAGUUACGCACAAAAUAGCCACUAGCAAGGAUAAAUCUAUAGCUGGAGUGGACUUCAUGGGCUUGUAGCUGUGGCGGAUCGCAUCAGAAGACCUGAUUUUGGCCAUGGGUAACCUUUUAGUGAACGCCACACCGGGACAAAUUGUUGACAUUGGUACCGCAUUGAACGAGCUGCCACCCAUUUUUGAAACCAAAAAUUUCAAAUCGCUCGGAAGCACACGUUUCUUCAAAGUCGCUCGUAUCAAUCAUGAAGAAGGGCCUGUGGUUGUCAAGAUUCUGGUCAAGCCCGAGAACACCAGCCUGGAUCUUCAGCAGGAACGUGCUCAGCUACAAGAGAUACGUGAUCUGCUUGUCAGUACUAACAACUGUCUGCCGUUCCAUGACUUCCUGGAGCUAGAUCGCAUCGUCGUUCUUAUCCGUCAGCAUGUGCGCUACAGCCUCUACGAUCGCAUCAGUACUAGACCUUACCUGAACCCCACCGAGAAGCUGUGGAUUCUCUACCAACUGCUGAACGCCCUGAAGGAGUGCCACAGCAAUGGAGUAUGUCAUGGAGACAUAAAAGCAGAGAAUGUGCUGGUGACAAGCUGGAACUGGGUACUAUUGACGGAUUUUGCCAGCUACAAGCCAACGUAUCUACAACAGGAUGAUCCAUCUAACUUCUCAUUCUUUUUCGAUGCAUCACGUCGACGGGUGUGCUACAUAGCUCCCGAGCGAUUUGUUGACCGUGUGCACUCCAUCUACAAGGACAUAGGCACAGCGCCUACUGCUGUGGCGUCAUCACCUCCGUCCCAUGAUAAGCUUGUUCCCAUUCCAAGUAAUGAGGAUACUGGAGGCGUAGAUGCAGCUUCUGCUCCUGUUCCCGCUGCAGGCACCUCGCCGGCAACGGGAGAUCCUGCACCAGUGGCUUCUCUGUCCGGAUCUGCUCCCGGCUACUCAUCAACACCGCCCACGUCCGCCAAAGUUGCCAUCAACCCGGCGAUGAAUGGCAGCCUGAGUGUGACGUUCGUGGCCGGCACUGAGGCCACCGCCGCACCGACGCCUGAGAGCGGGCCGCAGAGUCCGCUUACCAAGGAGAUGGAUAUCUUCUCCAUGGGGUGUGUUGUGGCUGAACUGUUUCGAAACGGAAAGCCAUUGUUUAACUUCUCUGAGCUGUUGGCUUAUCAGAUCGGAGAAUAUGAUCCACAAGAGAAGCUGGAAGAAAUUAAGGACAAGAAUGUUGUAAAUUUGAUCCUGGACAUGAUUGCACUGGAUCCUGCCAAGCGUAUCUCUGCAGUUCAGUGUAUGCACAAGUACAAAGGUGUGGCCUUCCCAAGGCAGUUCUCACAUUUCUUGGCAGUAUACUGCCGUCGUUUCUCUGGCCAGCCCAUCAUGUCUGCUGACGACAGAAUAGCACGGCUCUGUCGAGACUGGCAACAUAAAAUUGUGCCCAAUUUACUGCCGGAGCCAGCGAAUGCGGGUACCAUUGGCAAUGUGAAUACUCUGUCAGGUAUUGAUAGGGCGCCGGUGCCAGGGACAGACUCGUUAGCGCAACACAAGGCAGGACAAGAGUGCUUUCUUAUUCUGGCAUCCAUUGUGAUGUCGUCCAUCCGUGCGUGCAUCACCUUCCAUAGCAAGCAUGCCGGUGUGAAUCUCCUGACUCAGCUGGCCAUGUAUACUUCGGAUGAGGUCGCCUUGGAAAGAUAUGUACCGUUUCUGGUACACAUGCUAUCCGACCGAGCGGGGAAGGUAGUGGCAGCGGCCAUCUUGGGACUAUCCCAGUGCAUGAUGCGCAUAAAGAAGAUUCCUAAAAGUGACGUCAGUGUGUUUCCCGAGUACAUCUUCCCGGCUAUGGCACAACUAUCUAACCCAGAUAAGGACCUGGUGGUGCGUCUGGCCUUGGCAGAGAACAUUGUCACUUUGGCGCAGACGUCAAUGAACUUCCUGGAACUGUCCGUGUUAGCAGCCCGGGAGGCUUCUGGUCCAGACCAUCCACCUCAGGAAGAGCGGGAUCAGCGAGCGGCGGCGCUCUCACCUAUGGCUGGUUUUGACUCCGAACUAAUCGUCAUUCGUGAAAUGGUGCAGAAGCAGAUCGUCGCCUUGCUAUGUGAUCCGGUAAACAUGGUCAAACGGGCGCUGCUAGGAAGUGGAAUAAACCGCCUCUGUCUCUUCUUUGGCCGGCAAAAAUCAAAUGACGUGCUACUGUCUCACAUGAUCACGUUCCAAAACGACAAGCAAGAUGCACAGCUACGCGGUGCGUUCUUUGACAGCAUUGUGCCAGUGGCUGUGUACGUGGGUUCACAGAGUCUCAGCAUGGUCAUGCCUCUGCUCCAACAGGGACUUGGUGAUUUUGAAGUGCAAGUAGUCACCAAAGCAUUGGAGGCGUUGAGGUCACUGUCCUAUCUGGGUCUGUUCCACAAGCUCUCCCUGCACCAGUUAUCGCUGGAGGUGCUGCCACUUCUGUGCCACCCUGCCUUUCUAAUUCGCUCCGCGGCCGUUGGAUUUUUGUCGAUGGUGGCACGUAAGCUAAGUGUUGCUGACCUUCAAUGUCUUCUAUUACCCAACCUUCAACGCUACCUAACAGAGCAGGUUGUUGCUGCGGAUAAUGAGAACAUUCUCUUGGCCCUGCUCAAGCCACCGCUGAGCCAGAAGGUCUAUGACAACUUAGUUCAAUUCUCGAAUAUUGAAGAAUUCUUCUUCUGGCUGGAUCGCAGAGGUGGCAAGCGCAGGCAACACAAGCCGCAGCUCAACUAUGCACCCAUGUCGACAAGCGAAGAGCUCCAAGCACUGCUGAACAAAGUCAGUCCUCUGUCUGACCAAGAUGAAGAGAGUAUCUGGGCCAUGAAGGACUACAUCAAGCAUGUGCAGCGCAAACAAACAAUGAGUAAAUCAGACACCCCAACCAACCUGGCCAAGCAGGGCCGCAUCGCACGGCCGCAUCGGGACAUCCGCGUGAUUGGAGUGAGGAAUGAGCCGAAGAAUGAGACGCACAUGUCCCUGGCCACUGCAUCCAAUCCGCCUCAAAGGAACACGUUGACUAAGAAGGCAAUAACUCAAACAGAUAGUGCUUCCAUGAGUGAGGAGUGGAAUCAGAUGUUUGGAACAUCUAAAUCCAGCUCAUCAUCAUCAUCAUCAUCAUCACGCGGCAAGGAGGCAACGCCAGCAGACAAGGGCACUGGGCCGCGCCGUGGCGACUCCAGGAAAUCCUCGCUGCGCAAUCGCUCGGAAACGGCGACGCCGAGCAGCAAACAGCAGCAGCGCGUUGCCAACCAGACCCGCAAGACGCCUGUGGUGCGCUCGUCCCGAUCUCAAACGCAAGCGGACGCGUCGCCGGGAGCAGCUGGGGGUUCGUCAUCGUCGGCUACUGGCACACCGCAUUCAGGCAGACACUCCAGCAGUGAGACCAGCGAGCAGUCACCUAUGAAGCCUUCGUCAUCCAAUACCGGCUCUGCGGCAGCAACUACUGGAGGAACACAAGGAGGACCAUUUAGGCAACCUAUCUUUCACGCACAUGAUUAUCGAUUGUCUGGAAGACAUACCACUGAAGAUCGACCCAGGCUUUGUCGACAAGAGCUGGAGUCUAUGCUGGAGCAUCGGCACACUCAGUACAUGAGAUGCACUGCUCGCAUUGAGGAGCUGGCUAGUGUGAGACAGUUUGAAAGUAAUACAACUUCACCUGGCUGGGUGCCGACAGGUACUAACGUGGCUCACAUGCACGAACACCGCAGCUGCAUCAAUCAGAUUGUUGUUGCGGAAGACAAUAGCCUGUAUGCGACAUGUUCAGAUGACAGUUCAGUGCGCGUGUGGGACAGCUCACGUCUGCAAGGUCGCAGUGUUCUGCCGCACAGAUCUGUGGCCACCUAUGACAAGCAAGGUGGCCGUAUCAAUUCCCUUCUCUUCUUGAAUCCGACGACUGUGGCACUCCUGUGGCUAUGGACUAUGUUGUGUUUGUGCAGUCUGACUGGUGACCAGCGGAUAUCCGCUCUCAGACAAGACUCGCCACUGAUGGACAUGGGUCUUGCAAGGAAAGAUCACUUGCUGUCGCUGCACGCCAUGAACAGCGGGCGACUACUGGUCUCUUCGACGCUGUACGGGCGCAUUGUGGCGUGCGAUACGCGUGUCGGAAAGCCAGUAUGGAGCCUGCAGAACCCGCUCAAACACGGCUUGGUGACGAGUGCUGCUUUGGAUCGUCUACAGUGCUGGCUAGCAGUGGGUACGGAGGCUGGCGUGCAUGCCCUGUGGGAUCUCCGCUUCCACAUGAGCGUCUCCACGUGGACGCACCCUGCCAAGUUCCCCAUUCAACAGUUGGCCCCGCACCCAAUGGACCCGUGGUGUCUUAUCUCGUCUGCUGGCGCUAACAACGAGGUCAGCCUGUGGAACAUGGAGACCAGCAGUCGCUCUCAGGUGUUUUGCUCUGGCGCCCCGCUCGCCACUAAUCGGUCUUCCAAUCACUUCAUCCGCAGUUUCUGCGUUCACCACAGCCUUGGCGGCAACGCUCUCAUGCUGGGUGGCAGUGAUCGGCGAGUGCGAUUAUUCAACAUGGCCAACCAGCUGGAGUCCAGGCUACUCUUACCGCCAGUAUUAGUAACUGAUCAAGAGGUCACAACAGCCAAGUAUAGGAAACACCAGCUGGAUGGUAUAAGUGUUGUUCAAGAGCUGGUCCAAACCACGGUCAAGACCGACACCAAGGCAACAGAGGAGCACCACAAGCCACGGCCACCUGCAGCGGGACACCUGGACGCCAUCACGGGCAUGGCCGUGGCACAUGCCGGCGGCCAGAACUUCCUGCUCACCGCGUCUCGCGAUGGUGUUCUCAAAGUCUGGAAGUAGUAGUAGUAGUGUGUAGAGUGGACGCGGUGAGUCUGCAGAGAUAUAACCAGUCACUCGUCUUUCUCGUUUUCACCGUUGAUAAGCUGAUGGAAUUUGCUGAGACGCUUUUUUAUAGAACUAUUUUCUGUGUCUGUGUGUUUUACUGUCAUACAAUGCGUGUUGGAUGGCAUAUUUUAAAGCUAGGCGUGUGCGCAGAAUUAGGCUUGAAAUCGAACGACCUGCUGGAUAAAGUAGACUUGUGGAAUGUCAGAAUCUUGCAUGUGGUACAAACAUGGCCGGCUAAUGCACAAAUAAGCCUUUGCAUUGAUUUUCUCUGUCAGUAAACAAAACAAGCCUUGCUGGCUGUGUGUUCAUCAUAGUUUCAGGGUAACUCAUUCGAUAUUUCUCCGCUGCCCAUCAUAAAUACUUGUGCAUGAAACACACAAUUUAACACAUCCUUAUCUCAACCUUACUCCUUUUUAUGCUUUUAUUUAAAAAUGAAAGUCGUUUUUCAUUCUAUCGCUGAAUUGAAAUGAACUGAAAUAUAAAGUCGACCCGAGGGGUCCAAUAACUUA